AUGAGUGUCUAUAGAAUAAGUGCAUAUGUGAUUCUCCAGAUGUUCGACGUAAGUGUGUACAUGCCGCUUUAUGCAAUUGAUGAGGGAAGUUGCUUGGGAGAGAAGCUGACUCUGAAAGAUGUCAAGAUAGAGACCCGAGCCAUCCCCAAAUUGUUUGGACACUUAGCAAAGCAGGAGGGAGAGGGAAAGGACUAUUGGAUGGAUAGUCUAGAGAUAUACCGGAUCGAAGACAAAGAGAAUAUAAAUUCAAGGACCGAAGAGAUGUCGAAAAACAUCACUUUUGGAACCAUGUCCUUUGACUUUUCUAUGCUUAAGGCAAUUCUGAGCCAGGAUAGCCAAAGAAACCUAGGCCAUUCUCCAGAAAUAAAGAUCAAGAGCAUUGAGGUUAAGAUCCCUCUUGCAAUUCAGGUCUUUCUUCACAUACCAAUUGUUCUGGUGGCUGCAAUAGUGUUCUAUUUGUUUUUAUCUUUUGGAAUAGAAGAAGUAGAAGGACUCUCCAGCAAAGAAAUAGAAAAAAUACUGUUAUGUCCCUACUCCAGCCAAGAGUUCAUCAACAAAGGCUGCAUUAUUUGCUUAGAGGACUUCGAAGAAGGGGGAUAUGUUCGGAAUCUUGGCUGUGGCCAUGCAUUCCACAAGGAAUGUGUUGACAAAUGGUUUCUCAGGAACUUGGCCUGUCCUAUCUGCCGAAGCAGGAUAUCUACAGGCCAUUCUCGAGAAAGACGUGAACGACGAAGAGUUCAUAUCUUGUAA